CAUUUCAAUUUUGAAGCGUAACUCAAGGCGCCACACUCUCUUUGAGUUCAUUUUAGAGAAGAAAAUGUUGGGUAAGUGUGAGAAAACGGUAGUCAUGAACCCUCCAACAGCGUCUAACAAAUGGACACAGGCUCAGAUAGAUGAUCACAAAGCCUCUAUGGGAAGAGUGAUGGAAAAGCCAAGCCAAGAUCUUCUUCAGCAGCAACAACAAGCCCUCAAGUGCCCUCGCUGCGACUCUUCAAACACCAAGUUCUGCUACUACAACAACUACAGUUUGUCACAGCCUAGGCACUUCUGCAAAGCCUGCAAGCGAUACUGGACAAGAGGUGGAACUCUCAGAAACGUUCCCGUUGGCGGCGGUUGCAGAAAAAACAAGCGUGUCAAGCGUCCAAACGGUGACGCUUCUGCUACUGCUAAUUCUCCUCCAUCAUCUUCCACUCCCAGCGCCAAUUCAAACCCUCCUUCCCAGGCCCACAUCGAUAGUAUUGCUUCUAGUUCCACCUCAAACCAUAUCAAUAUAAACCCUUUGUUUUAUGGGUUAACUAGUAACGGUAACAUGAAUGUUCCUUUCCCAAGGUUUAAUCUUCAGUCUCAGAUGAAUGCCCUUGGGCUAGGUUUUUCAUCUGGGGUUAUGUCAAGUGAAGCUAGUGAUAACGGUUACCGAAGUGGGUUUAGUACUUCAAAUUCAAAUAAUAACAAUAACUCGUUUCUUUCUGCUUAUAGUUCCAUAUUUGGUGGUUCUUCUUCAACUUGUGCACCCUCAACUCCUGUUAUGGCUUCCUUGCUGAGCUCAACUCUCCUGCAGGAGAAAUUUAUGGGUGGUGGGGUGAAGGGUGAUCAAGGUGGCAACAGUUUCCAGGGCUUGGCGCAGCUAGAAGGGUUGCAAAUGGAAGGGAAUAGCUCAAAGGAAGUGGCUGAAGGACAAAACAGGUUGGCUCGGUGGAAUAAUAAUGAUAAUAAUAAUAAUAAUAAUAAUAAUAAUAAUAGUAAUAAUAAUAAUGGUGGGGGUGGUUGUCAAAACCAGAUGGAGCAUGUGGGCUUGUCUGAUCCUAAUUCGCUUUAUUGGAACGCUGCAACGGGUUUGGGUGCUUGGAGUGAUCAACCCAACAUUGGUCCUUCAGUCACUUCUCUGAUCUAGAAAGAUGAAGCAUCGUUUUCAAAGCUAUAUAUGAAUCUCUCUCCCUUGUUUAGUUAAGGUCAUCUUUUGGUCCUUUAGGUUUUAACUUUCUUUAUUACUGCUACUUUUCCUUUUAGGGUCAAAGUGGGUUGGGUUUACUUACAUUGAAAAGAAAAAAAGAUACUUGAGAUAGAUGAGAGGAGUUUGGGAUCGGAGCGAUCAUGUCAGCUGCAAGAAUAUUACACUUCAGCCUGUUAGUUUUAUGAGUCAAGGUUGAGAAUUUGGUUACAUUGCGCUGAGAGGAACCUCGGAUCCUCUUCUCUCAUCGUGCCAACACAGUGUUUGUUUGUUUCCUGUGGAGAUCGAUCCCUUUGGUGCAAGUUCCAUAGUUGAGUAAGUGGUCUUUCAUUAAUGUAUAUACGAUGAUGCAAUGACAUGUCCUCUUUUUCUUUUCUACUUUCUCAUGUAUUGUGAUUAGCUACAAGAGGUGGGGGUUUAAUUUACUCGGCAUAUGCUGA